AGAGGAUGUAAAUCACAACACAGACGACAUUGACUUUCCACGGCGUAAGUCAGCAAAAAAAGAAAAAUAGAGCCAUAAUUCGAAGGACCCCAGUCACUCGUGCCUCGGCUCACUUAGUCAGCGAUUUUGUUGCCUAAAGUUUUUGUUUGUUUGUUUUGUUUUUUCAUGAGGUCAGUUCAUGCUUUUUUAGGAACCUCUUCAGAAAAGGACCCUGACGUUGGUGCUGUGAAGGCAGAAGAUAGAUAUCUUCAGAAAGGAGCAACUAGAAUCAACUGACUAUUUAAACGUCUAGUUAAAAUUAACCAAACGAUCGAGAUAUAUAUAUGUAUACAUCUGUUGUUAUCGAAACGUUACCCUGAACAAGCUGAUUGGCGUGAUAUUUUUUUGGAUCUAGCUGAAAUAAGUUUUGACUGAAUCAAGAUCUAAGAACCUUAGUAAAAAAAACAACAGAGUUGAUCUAUAGUAUGUCAUAGCGUCUCGACGUUUUCAAAAUUCAGAAACCAUGGAAACAGCUAGUCAUGAACACAGUGUGGUUUCUAAGGUGACAGUAAUAGUUAUUUGCGGAUUACUGUUUACAAAGUUAUGUGUAACAGUGGAAAUUGAUUUGGCCUUUCCGUCGGAUGUUGGUGAGUUGGAAGAUGGGCUAUUUCGGUUAGAUUAUUUACCUCCACAUGGCUAUCCUUCUCCAAACUUCACAUUUAUUGCAGAAGCUGCAAACAGUAUUGUAAUAGCCGAUGCAUUGCCUGGGAAAGAUUAUACAUUUUACUUGUAUUAUACCAAUACCUCUUUAACCAACUGGUUGAUAUGGACGGCCACCUUAGCAACAGUGCCAGAUCCUCCUACCAAUUUAUCAGUUAAGCCAUUUUCAAGUAAAAUAGUCAACUUAUUCUGGGAUCCACCAGCAAGAGGAGGUUAUACUGAGUACCAAUUAACUAUCAUCCCUUUGUCUGAAGAGGACGAUUCUCAGAUACGAAGCAUAGAACUUGACAAAAAUCCUAUUCCAUUUAGGCUACAAGAUCUUACCCCUGGUGGCACAUAUGAAAUUCAACUUUAUUCACUGUUCAAGAACCAGAAAUCAUCACUGUUUGUGGCAGCAAAUUUUACAACAACACCAAACACUCCUGUACGGUUCAUUGUUUGGUUUAGAAAUGAGACUACUCUUCUUGUUUUAUGGCAACCACCAUAUCCUUCUGGUAUCUUUAGUCAGUAUCGUGUAAGUAUCAAACCUGAGGAUUCUGAUCAGUCAGUUGUAUAUGUUGAUAAGGAAGGUGAACCACCUGGGCCUGCUCAGGCAGCCUUCAAUGAACUUGUUCCUGGAAGAGCUUAUAAUAUUUCUGUUCAAACUGUUAGUGGGAAGCAAGUUAGUUCACCAACAGUGGCAGAGUAUAGAACAGUUCCUCUUCCUCCAACCAAUGUCACAUUUGACAGAAGAACAGUGACAUCCUACUCCGUUGAUGUGCUAUGGUCACCCCCUACAUCACUUUCAGAGUUUGAUCGCUAUCAGGUGUCUAUAGGAUUAAAAAAAUCCAUAAGACUCGUUGUUAAUAAGGAAGAAGAAAGAGUUGCCAGUUUUGCUGAAGGAUUAGAACCUGGUCAGACCUAUGAAGUAGAUGUAAAAACUGCCAGUGGUUCUGUUGCUAGUUGGCCUGUGGAAGGCAUUGUCACUACUAGACCAUUGCCUGUUAUAGGCUUAAAUACAACUUUGAGAAAGCCUGGAGAAAUUAUAGUAGAAUGGCAACCAAGCAACAAAAGUAUUCAAGAUUCCUUUCUGGUUGAAUAUCAAGAAACUGAGGACUUUAACAGCAAUAAGUAUGUUGAAGUCAUUCAGGAGACACGUUAUCAUAUUAAUGAUCUUUUACCAGGAAGAAACUAUUCAAUUAGUGUGGUUGCUGUGAGUAAAGAUGUUCAUAGUCAUCCAAAUCUGGUUCAUCAAAUCACACGACCUUCAUCUCCUGUGAUUGAAACUGUAGAGUCACAUAGUUCAGGCUAUAACAUAUCCUGGAAAUCUGAUGUUACAAGUCACCAAGAUGCAUACAUAGUUAUUUUUAUUCGAAAUGAUACUGGACAGGAGGAGGAAGAAACCACUAACAAUCACUGGCUAGUUUUGAGUAACUUGUAUCCUGGUGCAAUUUAUGAAAUUAAAGUUUAUGCCUUAAGUUAUGGACUGAAAAGUAAACCUCACAGUUAUUUCCAAACAGUUUAUCCCAAACCACCAGAAAGACUUCAAAUUGUUAAAGUUAGUAACUCUACGAUGCUAUUAACAUGGGAAACACCAUCAAAUUCUUUAGUUGAAUACUACACAGUUCGGUACAGACCCAUCAGUUCUAAAUUUUGGAGAGAAAUAGGAAUUGUAAAUACUACUUCUUCUGAAAUACAUAAUCUAGUUGCCGGUGAACGAUAUAGUGUUAGGGUAACUUCUGUCAGCAAUCAUGUAGAAAGCAAAAAAAUUAAGGAAAUAGAACAAUCAAUGUAUCCUAAUUCAAUCAGGCGCGUUCGUCCAAUUUUGGACUCCUACAAUGUAACUUUUCAAUGGAUCGCUCCACAGGGAAAAGUAGAUUACUACGUUAUAGUUUAUAAUACAGUUCAGAAACCAUUAGCUCAACAUUCACAACAAGUUCCCGUUAAUGACACAAGACAAGGAGAAAUAGUGAGUGUGAUUGUUGGAAAACUGAAACCAGGAGAAUUAUAUUCCUUUAAUUUCUUUGCUGUCAGUAACAACCUAAGGAGUAAAGGAAUUGGUAUCCAAACACGUACAAUGCCUGUCAUAGAUUCGGUAAUAAACAUAGUUACUGAUGAACAUGAAACCCAAACCCUAGGGAUUAAGUACACCCCAACACCUACAAGAAACGUUGUAUUUGACCGGUAUCGUUUCCAACUUAGCGAUUUGACAGUGACAGCCCAGGAGAAAUUUCAUAAUGACACAAAUCGAUUGGUGAUUUUCAACAACCUCUUACCUGGCCAUCUUUAUAAUAUUACCAUUUGGACUGUGAGUGGUGGGGUUUUUAGUAUGCCCAUAUACAGACAAGCUCGAUUAUAUCCAGAGAGUAUUAAGCAAAUCAAUGCUACUUUCAUCACUGAAACAGAAAUUAUCUUAACCUGGGAUGAGCCAUUUGGUGAUAAGGAUGUUUAUGAAGUACAAUACCUUGAUCACAAAGGAAUCUUGCAACAAAACAUAACGCAAGUCGAAGAAAUAUUAUAUACUCACUUACGUCCUCAUCACAAUUAUACUUUUGUAGUGACUGUCAUCAGUGGAUAUGGUACUUCUACUGUUCAUAGAAGUUUGCCACUGUCGAAGACACUUAAAACUUUAGAAUCAGUUCCUGGAAAAGUUCAUUUGUUCAAAGCCAUUGAUAUCAGACCCUCAUCCAUAACAUUUCAGUGGUCUCUUCCAUCAAAUGACCACAAUGGGGUACUCACAGGAUUUAAGGUCAACUUCUUUUCAAGGGAAUUGAAGGAUGUUCAUCAUCAUACAUUCAGACCUACAAAAACAAUGGGAACCAUACAUAACCUUAUUCCUGGAAAAACCUAUGUAUUUGAGAUUCAGGCACUUACACAGGUUGGACCUGGGAACAAAGUGAUUCAUGAAGAAACCAUGCCUAUUUGGGCACCUCCUUCACCACCAAGUAAUAUUUUUCCUACUGUAAUCAGUCACACAUCCACAACAAUUCAAGUAAGAUACCAUAAAAAUUUCUUUGCUAAUACCCAUGGCACUGUCACAGCAUAUACACUGAUAGUUGCUGAAGAUACUGCAAAGGAAUCCAGCAGUUUGGAGCUGCCAUCAUGGGCAGAUAUUCAGAUUUAUUCUACUUGGCCUCCAUAUCAGGUGACAGAACCAUAUCAUCCAUUUAAUGAUAGUUCAGUGGAAGACUUCAUUAUAGGAAAUAUGGAUUGUUCAUCGACAACACGGUACUGUAAUGGACCCUUAAAAUCAGGAGCUACAUACAGAAUUAAACUGCGUGGUUAUACAACAACUGAUAAGUUUGCUGAUACUGUUUAUUCUCCUUUAGUACAAACAGAUCCAAAUAAUACUGCACUCAUUGCUGGAGUUCUUGUCCCUUUGUCUCUUCUGGCUGCUGUGGGUAUCAUUCUCAUCAUUAUAUACCGUCACCAUUUUAGACCUUUUGUUAAGAAAACCGAUGACAUUUAUGGAAAAGAAGAUGCUUUUUCGAUUAAUGAAAGUGAAAUCAUAAUAAGUCGGCCUGUGAAGUUGAAAGAUUUUGCAGAACAUUUUAAAAUCAUGUCAGCAGAUUCUGAAUUUAGGUUCUCUGAAGAGUUUGAACUUCUCAAAUAUGUAGGACGUGAAAAACCAUGUUCUGCUGCAGACUUACCUGUAAAUAGGCCAAAGAAUCGUUUCACCAAUAUUCUACCAUAUGACCACUCUCGUGUAAAGCUACUUCCCACAGAUGACGAGGAAGGUUCUGAUUAUAUAAAUGCUAACUAUAUUCCUGGGUACAAUUCUCCUCGAGAGUUCAUAGUGACUCAAGGCCCUCUUCUUAGUACCAGAGAUGACUUCUGGAGAAUGAUAUGGGAACAGAACAUCCGUGUCAUUGUUAUGCUCACUCGUUGUAUUGAGAAAGGGCGUGAAAAGUGUGAUCAUUAUUGGCCCUUUGACACACAAUCUGUAUAUUAUGGGGAUAUUGAAGUUACUGUUUUUAAUGAAUCCCUGUAUCCAGACUGGACAGUAUCAGAGUUUCAAGUCUGCAAGAAUGACCAAUCUCGUAUAGUAAGGCACUUUCAUUUCACAACUUGGCCAGAUUUUGGAGUGCCAAGUCCACCACAAAUACUCAUUAAGUUUGUUCGUACCUUCCGAAAAUGUGUAGUGCAAGAUAACAGACCCAUACUUGUACAUUGCAGUGCUGGGGUUGGAAGAUCAGGAACGUUCAUUGCUCUGGAUCAUAUCUUACAACACAUUCAGAAGUAUGACUAUGUGGACAUUUUUGGCCUAGUGCAUGAGAUGAGGAAAGAGAGGGUUUGGAUGGUUCAGAAUGAGCAACAGUACAUUUGCAUCCAUCAGUGUCUGCAGUGUGUGUUAGAAGGGAAAGAAGAUGUGGUGGAAGCACUUAGUAGAUCGGAAAUACAUGAUAACCAGUGUUUUGAAGAUGAUGAAGGAAUUGCAGAAUCAGGCAUGUAGUACUCAUUCUCUUGCUUUAGACAAGACAUUCCAUAACCGAUUCCUCUCAAACUUCUAAAAAGCUAUAACUAAACAUUUCAUUUUCCCUCUUUUAAUACUUGUCGAUACUUUUAGUGGUUGAGCUAUGAAUUUCAGCAACUAGAAAAGUUGCUUUUGAGAAUAAAAUGGACUCAUGAUUUUUCAUGAACUUUUUUUUUGUCAUAUGUUAAUAGUUAAGGAAUAAAACAUCCAAUUUAACCUAAAAUUUAGAAUAAUGAAGUACAUCCAUUUAAUUAACCCAUUAACUGUGGCAGGAGCAGCUCAGUUGCCUUUUUCUGACUCACGGAUAAAACUGAGUUGCCUUCAAUCACAAUAAAAUGGUAAUUUUCAUCAUUCGCAUAGAGUUAUAGUUAUAUCUGUGCGACUGACGGAUAUUUCCGUCAUACGCAGUUAAUGGGUUAAUAAAGAGAGUCAAUUAAGUGACAGGAUAUCAGUUGUCACUGAUAUGAAGUGAGAAGGGAAAUAGCUAAAAUUUAUUCUACUUUUAUAGACAAAAAGAGAAACAACAGUUAUGUAAAAGUGACAAAAAUGUAUUUUUUAGGUAUUAUUAGAAACUUGUUUUAAUGUUAUUGUCUUAUUUAUUAUAAUAGAAUUUGUAAUAAUAAUAAUAGAUCUAAAAAUUAAAUAAUAGUCACUGCAGUCUCUGAUUGCAAGCAUUUAAUUGAAAUAGACCAAUUCCAACUAUCCCCAACAAACUUUAAGCUAGUUUUUAUAUAACACUUGUCAUUUGACUGGUAAUGAAUAACCAAUUUUAUAUUUAUUAAAUUUUUAGUAUCUUUAUACCAUUAUUAUUUUCACAAAUAUUGUUGGCUCAGAAGUAAAGAAAGUUCCCCUCCUUUUUUGUACUUAUGGGUUUUACAUAACCUGAGUAAAACUAACCAAAUUUGAUUCCUGAAAUUCCUGCUUAUUGUUUAAAAUGUUGUUUAAGUACUUUUUAGUGAGAAGAUGAACGUGAUAAUCAUUGAUGACCAUCUGUUUCAGUUUUUUAAACAGUUCAUUUUAUAUUUGAAUCAAAAUGUGUUGGAUGGCUUUCCUGAGCUUGUUUUCAAAAUAUUAAACAUUUUUAUUGAAACAUUGAUUACACUGGCCAACAAGUCAUUUUCAUCAGAUAUAUAAUUAUAGGUGGGCUAGAUAGCUUUUUGGAUACUGAUUCCAAAUCUGUUUUUGGUUUUCCUCUAGUGCAUCAAAUUUUCGUGAUGAGACUGAUCAAAUUUGAAAGGUUAUUAUUAUUAUAAUUUAAGUUGUUGUACAUUUCAUUUUUCAUAUGUGUGAACUGUAUAAAUUUAACCAACUGUAUGAUGUAUAUAACAUUCAUUGGAAGUAUACUGAAAAAUGAAUAAAGUUGUAAUGUUAACUAGCCUAAUGUGUGAUUAUUACCUAAAUUGUGCUGAAGAUAACACCAAUCAUAACUAGAUAUGUUAGAAGAAAACAGAUUUGGAAUCAGCAUGGAAAACUGGUCUAGGAAAGUGUGUUUACAUCUUUGAUGAGAGAAAAACGUUCGAUUUUGUCGACCAGUGUUAUCAUUGCUAUAACUAAAAUAACUACAGUAUUAAAGCUGAAACAUUAUUAACAAAAAGUUAGUUUUCAAGUAAAAUUUCAAAGCCCCAAAGAGCAGAAAGUGAAAACUAAAAUUUCACGAAUUUAUUUUUCUGGUCAAGCUCUUUUCAAUAAUUUCAACUUAAUCUUGGUCAUUCAGAUUUAUAAGUACUGGGUAUAUCAAAAUAACCUUUAAUAUACUCACUAUUUAUAAAUCAGAAUAACCAUCAAUCCAAAAUUUAGUUUUGAUGUAGAUACAUUUAAACUAAAAGAGCAAAGAGUUUGAAUUAUGAAUUAUUUCUUAGCAUGUACUAGAUGAGGUUUUUCGUUACCAUUGCAAGUUUUGUUUGACAUCAUUAAAACUAAUUAUAGCCUUUAUAAGAGCAACAUUCAACAGUAGAUUGUGCAUUUUUUAUAGACUAUUAUAUUAUAAAUGAAAGUAUUUAAAAUCCUUUGUCAGUUGUAUAUAGAGUGGUGAAAGAUUUACUGGUGAUUUUUUGAAUAAAACAAUAUCACAAAAUGUCUCAUGGAAUGAUCAGAGAAUGUACUGUUUUUACAUUCUAACUAUUGAAUUAUUAAACAGAUGAGAAACUUCUUUAAAAAACUCACAAAACAGAUGUGGUUUUGAAAAUAAUAUAUAUUCUGUGAUAAAUACUUAAACAAAAGUUGGGCAUUACGAUCAGUGAGUGUAUGGAUAGAAAAAUUAACGUUAUUUCGUUUCAUUUCCCAGAUGUAGCCACAAACAGUUGUUGUAAUUUAGGUCACUUGAAAAAUUAUAAUAUACUUUUGUUUUACUGAGUUGAAGGUAUGUGACGUAACCAUUGCUUAAAAAUUAUAAAAGAAAUUAAAUGUGAAUGCCAUGAUCGUUGAUAUUAUGUAAAUUUCUACCAGUAAUCUACCAUUUUUAUAUUGGUAAGAACCUUUAAUUUGAUUGUUGUAUAUUAAUUAAAGAAGGUUUUAAUAUCAUGUCUGUAAAGAUUAAACAACAAACGCGGUUGUUAUGUUCAUCUUUAGAUAAACUGCAAAGAGCCUAUUUUUUUCAGCUUAAGUGGUUAUAAAAUACAUACAUAAUAUUUGUUCAAUUUUUUAACACAGUUGCAAUGAUAAAAAAUACAAUUAGUCGGCGUUAGCAGUACCCUUGUGAGAUUCACAACCAAACCUUUUUUAUGUUAGUAAAUUAUGCGGAUGUAGCAUAUUAUUGUGUUGUAUUUUGGUCACUUUUACAAUAUAUAAAUAAUGUAUUUAUGUGCUCCAUUUCGUGAUCUAAUUAGAAAUUAAUAUUUAGACUUUUUUUUUCUGUAUAAUGUUUCCGUGUGUAUAUAUAUAUAUAUAUAUAUCACAGUCACUGAAGGUUAUGCAUAAUUUACCGAAAGAUGGCAUUAAGUGAUGAAUUUGUAGUAGUAGUAGUAGUAUCACCGAUUUCUUUAUGAGUGGACACAGUAAAGUAUCUUUGAAAUGAAGACGCAAUGGGUUACUUUUCGGGUUAUUGUGUCUUUAUAUGAAAUAUUGCUCACAUUUACAAGACGUUAAUAUAAAAUAAUUUGUUUGUCGUGUCCCCUCUAGUGUGUUUAUGUGUGUAUGAAGUUUAUGUAUGUUUGUGGCAUUUAUGUAUUAAUAUUUUCUAAAUAGGGUAAAUUAAGAUAUGGUGUAGUUGAUAUAUUAUUACAUUCUACUUCACUUUCUCUCAUAAGUUCCUGUAAGUAUUAUACAUAUCCAUGGCCGUAGCCAGAGUGAAAAUUUACUCAACAAACUCAUAGGGUCAGCCUUAUAUAUAUAUAUAUAUUGUAUACCAUUUUAUAUGGGUGUAAAAUUAAAUAGUACGUUACAUUUAAUUUCAAAUUUUUAACUGAGGUUCGGACCUCGGUGACCUCAUAGCUAGCUACGGCCAGGUACAUAUCCCAUGCUGUAAAAUGUUUUAUUUUAUAAUACAUCUUUACUGAAAACAAAACACUUUUUCCUUGAUUUUAUUAACCUUCAAAACUGCUAAAAUUCUUCGAGUAACGGUUCUAACGUUAUUCAGAUGGUGUUUUGACUGCUCUGAAGGUGUAUAUUUACCAGAUAGAGAGAGUUAACUCACAAUUUUUAAAGGGACAUUUGUAUAUUUAUGCAGUAAAUAUUUCAUUUGAGUCGUGUAAAUUCAUUCCUACAAAGUUUCAGCCAUACUUGUACUAUUGAAGUAAUGUUAAAUAAA